AUGACGGUCCGUGAGUUUGUCAAACGACAGUUGAGGUCGUUAUUUGCCAAUUUCCUCCUACCGGGAUUCAACUUGAACGGGAGAUAUUCGAAACGCAACUUCCGCCAGACCAACACUUUCAUGAUGCUUCAAGGUAGGCACAAGUUAACGCAUACUACUUCACUUCUAUUUAGAUGUAUACAAUGGGUGGAGCGCUGGUCGGCCGUUUACCCUGCUGGAUUUCGAGAAGUCCGUACGCAGCAUACUGAAAUCCGCGGUGACCGCCGCCUCUGUGCAUCGUCGACGACAGAGCGAUCCAGAAUAA